AAAAGCUUGCUCCACAGCGUGGUGGGACACCGAUCCACGCCUGCCAGUUCACGAGGGACGCCCUGGAUUCGAGGGACAAGGAGAACUUCACCGCGCUCAUUCAGCGUGAAGCACGUCUCCUGGUCGAGGAGAAAAUCCGGGAGUCCGGCGACAGAGGAACAUCGAUUUUGAACUACCUCACGAACAUGUGCGCGUUCCUUGCAGCGUUGGUCUUGCUCGCGCGCGAGCGCAAGAUUCCGGACGGCGCGAUCAAGAAGAUGAUCGCCGAGUUCUUUGCCGACGAAGGGCAGUGGUUUGAUAUAAUCGCCGAGGGCGAUGACGGGGAGCAAUUUUUCUCCAAGAUGUUCCUGGCUCUUCUUGGUUACAAGCAUGGAGAGAAGUACGACAAGGCGACUUUCGCCAAGGACUUCUUCUCCUGCUACAAGGAGUUGGGGCUGCGAAUUGAACCACAAGGCCCUGCCGGUGAGGUGCCCUUCGAGAAGGCGCUCGUUCCGACGAGUGGGCGGAUGGAAUUCUGCAGCAAGCUGUUCAUUUACCUGCGCGGUGCAGGCGCCUGGUUGCCCAAGCCGAAAAAGACUUUCGUGGGCAGUCAAGUGUCAUUUGACGUGAGCCAUGACCUGCACACCGCGGGUAUGGUGAAGUCAUUGGCCCUUAUGAACAACACGUACCGCAAGAGCGAGGCUGGAGCGGGUUGCGGAGCGGCCGCGAGGAAGUUGCAGCAGAGCCAGGCGUGGAACUACUACGCCGAGCAUAACCAGAACCUCAUCAGCGAGAGCAUCGACGACCAGUAUGACGCGCUGGUUAAGCAGCACGAAGCGUUCAGGGUUGAGGACAUCUCGCGUUGUGUCGACAAGGCAUUCUGCCAGGAAACAGGAAUGAGCGUUAUCUCCCAGAGAGAGUGGAGCCUCAGCUUCUCACGUUGUGACGGUGGCAACGCGAAGCGCGUUUUGGCGGCCUUCCUGUCCGCCAUAGGGUGCUGA